CUUUACGGAUAAGAUAUCUAUCAGCCGAGAGAGUGAAAACUCUAUGGACGCCUUUCUUUGUAUCAAUUUCUUUUGAAUUUACAAGCCCCUCUCUCUCUCUAACACACAUAUAAAUAUAUAUACACUGAAGUAUGGGACUAACUUCUUUCAUCCAUAACGGCGUUCAAGUUCCUCUGAAAUUCGAUUCAUCCUUGCUUAGGGUUUCACAAACCUCACCGCCAUUUCAAGCUCUCAAGUGGUCUAGGUUUCAAUUUUCUCACCACCAGCAUCACAUUCUUUCAUUAUAUGCAGUUCGACGAGCCCAUUGUACACCAAUUGCCUGUUCCAGAGGAACUGAACAAGAGGAAGAGUUAUCUAACUCAGAAGGAGAGACAUCUACUUCUCAAGCAUAUGAUGGCAUUAGCAAUUUUGAGACUUCGAACGCUACAUCUUAUGUUGGUGAUCUAGAAGAAAAAGAUCAUGCGCCUAAAAGUUAUACAUCCUCUGUUAGAACCGUUGCCUUAUGCGUAUGCACUGCGGUGGCAUUUGGUAUUGGUUUGGGUUUCAAAGAUGGAUUUGACAAAGCAUCUGAGUUUUUUGCUGGGUACUUACUGGAGCAGAGUUUGUCAGUGGACAAUCUAUUUGUCUUCGUUUUGAUAUUCAAGUACUUCAAAGUGCCAAUGGCGUAUCAGAAUCGGGUGCUUUCAUACGGUAUUGCUGGUGCAAUAAUCUUUCGAUUAUCAUUGAUACUUCUUGGUACAGCCACCCUUCAGAGGUUCGAGGCAGUAAACCUAUUACUUGCUGCAAUACUUCUAUAUUCGUCAUUCAAGCUGUUUACUGGUGAAGAAGAAGAUACUGAUCUAUCCGACAACUUUAUAGUAAAGACAUGCCGGAAAUUUAUCCCUGUUACCUCUAACUAUGAGGGAGAUCGAUUCAUAACAUUUCAGGAUGGUGUCUGGAAAGCUACACCUUUACUUCUCACAGUAGCUGUUAUUGAGCUCAGUGAUAUUGCAUUUGCUGUUGACUCCAUACCAGCAGUUUUUGGUGUUACCCGAGAUCCAUUCAUAGUUUUCACAUCUAAUCUCUUUGCCAUCUUAGGUUUAAGGUCACUAUACACGCUCAUUUCUGGAAGUAUGUCCGAGUUGGAGUACUUACAGCCCUCCAUUGGUGUUGUUUUGGGCUUUAUUGGGUUCAAGAUGAUCCUAGAUUUCUUUGGUUACCAUGUAUCUACUGAGGUUUCUCUUGGUUUCGUAGCUACAACACUUGGUGCUGGCGUAUUGUUGAGUGUAAUGAAGAAGUCUGAUUAGAUGAUGAAUUUUUUCAAGCACAGGGGUCACUGAAGAAUCUGUAUCAUAUUUUAUUAUUUCAAAAUUUUUUAUUUGGGAAUUAUAUUUAUUCAUGAUUAGUUUGUUCUGGAUAAUUAUUAGUAUGAAGAUAUUAUUUUUAAUUGUA